AGAUAAAGUUUUCUAUAAGGUUUCAAAUUCAAGAUUAUUCGAACAUUGUCUGUUUCAACGUUCAUGUGAAUACAUAUCUCUGUGACUGGCAGGAUGGCACCUCCAUUUGAUUUGGACACUUCACCAAUUAACGAAGAAACGCGUAAGAUUGCCGAAGAGGAAUUGCGAGAGACACCCGAAAACAUUGCCAAGGGUUUGCAGGAAUUAAGGGAACUUUUGAAAAAUGACGACACGAUUUAUUUCAAAGACGACGAUGAAACUCUUAUGAUUUUCUUGAGACCGUGCAAAUUUUAUGCCAAGAGUGCCUACGAAUUGAUGAAACGCAUAAGCGAUUUUAAACUGAAGUACAAGGACAACCUAGAAAAUUUGAUGCCGGAAGACGAAAAACAGGCAUUUACAGAACAUAAUGUCGUUAAUGUUUUGACAAACAGAGAUCAUAAAGGAAGACGAGUGCUUUUGGUCAAUUGCGGAGGGUCAUGGGACACUUCGAAAGUGACAUCGGAUCAACUAUUCCGAAUUUUCUACCUAAUCCACGAAGCGGCCGUUUUGGAACCUGAAACCCAAGUGCGUGGAGUUGUUGUUAUAAUGGACUUCAAUGGUCUGGGUCUUAAACAAGCCUCUGCGUUCUCACCCGCUUUCAGUCUCAAACUACUUAGUUUUAUUCAAGAUGCAAUGCCGUUGAGACUUAAGGAAGUCCACAUGGUGAAACAGCCCUUCAUUUUCAAUAUGGUUUGGUCAAUUUUCAAACCCUUUAUUAAGGAAAAACUAAAGAAGAGAAUUUACUUCCAUGGAAACAAAAUGGCCAGUCUUCACAAGCACAUCGAACCAUCCCAUCUACCAAAAGACUAUGAUGGAGCAAUGCCGAAAAUAGAUUACACAGGGGCUGAUUGGUACCCCUGCAUUGAAAAAUAUUCUGACCACAUACGCACUUAUAACUCUUUUGGAUAUGUUAAAAAGUAGACUUAUUGUAGCUCAAUAUUACAAUCAUAACAAUUAUUAACCCAUUAUAUUGUUAUAAAAAACAUAUUCAAGAAUAAAGUGACUGUUUUGUAACAACCAAAGAUUUCAAAUAAAGAUAUUAAAAAUAA